GACCGCCCACUCCGGCAGAGGAUCCAGCGUACGAUGACCCGUGGUGCGAGGAGCCAUGGUGGGAACUGUGGCUGCUGUGUUUCUUAUGCUUCUUGUGCUUCUUCUUCUCUUCAGCCCUGGGUCGAACGUUAUCAAUGCAAAUGAACAUGGUUUGACAUCAAACGGUAACUUACUUGUCGCUCAGCAUAUUCGCGCCAACCGCACCUGCGAUCAGUCCACCGAUAGUACCUAACGCUCCACCACCCAUCUUGUUACCGAGGAACGCACCGCUUGCACCUCCUAGGAGUG